UUGAUGAGUGUCGCACCUCUUUUAUGUAAUCUUAUAAAAAUCACUUUCCAUUCCCCUAUUCCCGAUACUGUUACAUUUACGAAUAUUUAUGUGGUUGUAAUAUCACAAAAAAAGUAUCGGUAGCAUUCUCAUUAACAAAAAUACCCAGCAGAAAACAAGAAUUAAUACGGAAGGUAAUGUCGCUGCGCUCCUGAACUACUUUUACUAAUGUUACGCUCGCAGGAACUAACCAAAACAGGUAAUGAACCAUAAAGCAGUUUUACAGACGGUUCUCGUGUACGGCGGACGAACCAAAAACGCCGCUAAAAAAAGACGAUAGUACCUACGUAAUUUCAGGCCUUAACUGGUUUUCCUCGGUGAGCCGUAGCCAUUCAAUUGUUUCAGUUCCAUCCGCGACCAAAACAACAAAGUGACCUGGAAAUGUGUUUCUAAAGGCUGGAGAAUCGGAGCAACUGCGAGAAAAUCGAUACAGACAAUUCAAGAAAACAUAGUUACAAAAUGUCCGGAGCAGUAUAUCAGCCUACUACAGUGACUUAUGAAUCGAAUGGUCCCGCUGACCGCUGGCAGGACAGGCCAAUAUCGUACCUUGGCUCAAUUUCACAAUCUGGCAGACGACCCUGUGGUUUAUCUUGUUUGCCAUCUCGAAAUGUAUUGCCUUUGGUCUUAAUAACAUCAUGUAUUGCCUGUUUUGCUCUUGGAUUAGCUAUGUUAAUUAACGGUGCCCUUGGAUAUUCAGAAACUUCAGAAAAUAAAGAAGAUGUUUAUUUGAUUGUUACAAUAUUUGGGGCUUUAUUCUUUGCGCUUUCAAUUCUUUUGUUUCUGUUCUUUAUGAGAAUAACAAGGAGAAUGUGUUGGCGCAACGCCAAGGACCACCUCGGUACUUCUGGAGGCCAGAACUUGACUGUAAAUCCAUCGACAGAUUUACUUGUCACAGCUCAGUAUGCCCCUGUUUCGGAAGUAGUGUACGAAGGAACUAAAUCAGACGAUACAGAACAAAGUAAACUUAUGUCCCAUGAAACUAAAGAAAUUAGCAAUGAAGAUGCUGACCGGAUGGUGGAAAAUGACCCAAGAAUUGUCCUACGUCCCUUGAAUUCAGUUGUUAAUGAAGAAACUUAAAAAGCACCUAGUGUAGUAAGCAUACUUCUUAAAGAAUAUUAUUGUCCUACAAACCAACUUAAAGUAGCUUCAAAUUGAAGAUAUACUGAUAAAAAUAUACUGA